ACCAGGUAAGUUUAUCUGUAGUCGCAUCUUCUACACACUUGAUACUCGAUAAAUAUCAUGUACUUAUAAACUAAAAUUAGUGGAAACUCGUGGAUUGGAGAUUUCCAAAAAUCAUUUUACACCGGAGUAUUUGGCAAAUCCUACCCGACAGGUACUCGGAUUAGCGAAUUGUCCUUCUGCCUCUAUCAAGGAGCAUCGGCUGCCUUUCCGGCGGUACUAAUAUCAGGGUCAAUUGCGGAAAGAGCAAGGAUUUUACCUGCCCUAGUCUUCAUGGUACUUUGGGGCCUGCUAGUCUACAAUCCCUGCGCGUAUUGGUCAUUAAACCCGAAUGGGUGGAGUUACAAGAUGGGUGUACUUGAUUUUGGUGGCGCAGCACCAAUUCAUGUCCCCGCUGCAGCCGCAGGUCUGACAUAUUCCUACUUUUUGGGCCCAAGAAGCCUGAAAGAAAGAAGCGCUAGACCACAUAACAUGGCUUACCUCGUUAUUGGAAUGAUUUUUAUGUGGUUUGGAACCUUUGGGUAUAACGUGGGAUCAGCAUUUGGCGCAACAAUUCAGGCCGUCCUUUCUUGCGUUAUCACCAACCUGUCCGGAUCACUUGGAGCUGUCACGUGGUCAAUUUUAGAUUGUUGUUUUACUACGCGAGGUUUCUCAGCGUACGGAUUUUGUUGUGGGGCCGUCGUGGGAUUGACAGUAAUUACACCUGCGUCAGGUUUUAUUCAUCCAUUAGCUACUAUCCCAUUUGCCGUAAUUUCUGUUACCCUGUGUCGCUGGGGAUGCAAAGUUAAAGAAAAAUUGAAAUUGGAUGAUACAUUGGACGUCUUUACGGUUCAUGGUUUAGCGGGUAUGGUGGGAAUGUUGCUAACGGGGAUUUUCGCCCAGAAAUCAAUUGGUGGAUCUGAACUUGGUGCGGGAGGAUGGCUUGACGGGAACUAUUGUCAAAUUUUGUAUCAAGCAGCGGAUACAGUGGCCGGAUUUUCAUGGAGCGUGCUGGCAUCUUCCAUAAUUAUUAAGCUAAUGCAAAAGAUCCCGAUACUACAUCCCGGAUUUAGGCAGCCACAGGCCAAAGCUGGCAUGGACCAUCAACUUGGGGAAAGUUGCCUUCAGCCAUUGGAAAACUUGCAAUUUCAAAUUAUGCACAAUACUUUCUUUCAUUUGAGAUAAAGUUGCUUUCCAUGAUGAUGAAAAGUUGUCAUUGAAUUGACUAUUAAAGUGUAUAGAAAAAUGUCUGUAGAACACACUCAUGUAUGUAUAUACUUGUUACUUAAUCGCUACUAGAAGGAUUGACGUAUGUAAUUACGUAGUAAAAGUUGUUGGCGUCUUCCGUAGAAAGGGAACUUUCCUGUCGUACGAUGCGAAUGAUUUGCUUCCAAUUGAUUUGGUUGUAUGACAAUGAAAUUACCAUUUUUAUGCAAAUUAGCUAACACAAUUGUCGUAGUAUAUGUAUGUAUAUACACAUGUACAUACAUACAUAUGCCAAACAUGAAAACGAAAGUCAAGGUGUCUGCGUCUUUGAGAUUCAUUUACUAUGCAAUAUGUACGUACUUCAUGGGUUUAUUAUAUAUAUGUACUUGCAUUCAAUAUAAAAUACUGUAAAAAAGAGUUAUAAAAUAAAGAAUGACGUGUAAUGUUGCAGAUAAUAAAGUAGGUAGUCAAACAUAUUUACAAUUACAAAUGCUAAUUCCAUGUCCUGUUGAUCUUUAUCUUUCGGACCUACUAAUAAUAACCUGAUAAACAUUGUCACAUAAAAUUGUAGAAAUUGGCAGGUAGGCUACAAUGUA